AUGCAAAAAUUCAAAGAGUGGCUUAAGCCAUUUUCUGAUUAUUUUCUUAAUGGUUUCUCUGACACUUUUCAAUUAUUACUUGAUAAUUUUCUUGGGGACUAUCUUGAAGAUCCAAAAUAAUUGAAUAUGGGUACUUUACUUAAAGGAGUGGAAAUGUUAAAACUAAACAAAACAUUUAUUAAUUAACUUCUAGGUUAAAGUCUUUUUACACUUUAAGAAGCAUACAUAAGUAAUUUAUGAAACUGAUAUUAAAAGAAUCUAUUAAAGUAGCAAAUUUAAAGUUUGAGGCUAGUGGAGUUAAAUUAGUAUUUGCACUUGUGAAAGAAAUUAAUAUAAAUGAAUUAAAAGAAUAUUUAGAUAAAACUGAAGAAGCAAAACUUAAAGAGAUCUAAAAGCUCAGUUAAUUGGCUUAAUUAAGAGAAGAAGUUUAUAAACAUUCAGAAUUUGAAUAGAGUGUAGACUUAAAUAAAUCUUUGGGACCUUAAACAGGACUUAUUCAAUUUUUAGGUUUGGUUGAUACUUUAUUAAGUAAUUCAUCUAUUACAAUAAAUAAUAUUGAAAUUAUUCUAAUAGCAGAAGGUGGAAAAUAAUAUGAAUUCCAAAUUCAUCAUACUAAUAUUAAUUUUUAGAAGCAAAAUCUAAAGUAUGUUUCUAUUUCAUAAAUAGUAAUUUACUUUUUAUAAGCUUUGGAAUAGAUCAGAUAGAGUUAAAGUUACAAAAUGAAUAGAUUGCUUUGAUAGAAAAUGCAUUAAAAUUUGAGAUGAUUGUAGAAACAAAGAAUGGUAGAAUUAAUACAAAGGUAGAUGGAAAGAUAUCAUCUUUAGAUAUUGUACUUAAUACUAAAUAAAUAUAAAAUCUAUUAUCUACAGCUCAAAAAUGUUUAUAAUUAACUGAUGAAUUAAAUAAAAUUAUAAUUGAUUUAAAAGGAGAACAAUUAGUAGAAUUUGAUGAUGAUGAAGAAGAUUUAUAAAAAUUAGAAAAAACAGAUGUUUCUAUAUUGAAUUCUUAAAUAUCUAAUAAAAAGAAUUAACAAAUUAAAAUUAUUCCAAAUUAAACAUAUAUGGAUACUCUUAAUAAUAAUUUAUAAUAAUCAAUAGCUUAACAUCCUAUUCCAUAAAAUUAAGAAAAAUAAUUUAUUGAAUUUUCUUAGAGUAUUUUUAAUACUUCACUUCAAUAAUUAGAUCUUGGAAAAAAAAGUGUGAAAAAUUAAACUGAAACAUUUAAAUUUUUAUUUGAUGGUAUUAGAAUAGCUGUAUGUGAAAAUUCUUAAUAGUUUCCAAAAUUAAAAGGUAGGUUCUUUUAAGAUCUUGAAAGUCAUUUCUUUAUUGAAAUUAUAAUGAUAUAGGGUAGCUAUCAUAAAGAUAAUAUAAACCUUUAAAUAUAAAAAAUUGGAGCUCACAGAAUUAGAGCAGAUUCUAAUAAUGGAUUUAAUAUAAUUUAAAGUUAAGAACUUUUUAAGAGUUGUUAAGAAAACCCUAAAUUUUAAUUCUAUGUUACACCUGUAAUAAUGAUGGGAUUACGAGAAUAGAGUAGAUUUGAGUAAGAAUAUGCAAUAUAUAUAUUUGAUAAACUUUAAGAGUAAUGUAAAUAAGAUUAAGCAUUAUAAAUAUCUGUUUAAAUCUAUCAAGGUAAAAAUAGAGAAAAGUUUUAUAUGGUAAAUAUCUAAGUAUCAGACUUUAUUGGUUCAUUUAAUCAUGAAUUAUGUUUAAAUUUAUUGUAAUAUAUACCUAAAAGUGAAGUCUAACAAUUACCAAUUGAAGAAGUCAAAAAACCAUCCAUGUAUGGAUUUGACAUUAAAAUUCCAUAUGUUAGUUUUAAUUAUUUCAUAAAUAAUAAACCUAUAUGGUUUAGAAUCAAAGAUAUUAAACUCAAAUAAAGUCCAGUCAAAAAAUUUUCACAUAAAUUAGGAGUUUUAGAACCUUUUGAAGGAAUCCCUAAAGAUGAAAAUCCCUUAUAAUUCAUUUGUAUCUCUUUCUUCUCAAUUUGGAUUGAAUUUUCUGGAUAAAAUAUAGUAACAGUUGGAUAGAAUGUAAUUGAUGAUUUACAAAUAUAUCCAUUAAUUUAUAUAAGUAUUUAAGAAAAGAAAGAUAUAAAGAAAAAUAAUAACUAAGAUUUAAGAGAUUCAGUAAAAUAUAGAUAAUAGAAGAGUUAAACACUUAUUAGAGGAUCACUUCCUUUAGUUGAUGUUCAUAUAACAUAGGAUCUACUAUAUUGGUUAAUUUCAUUAAAUUAAUAUAUUAAUAGUCAAUAAAAUUAAAUGAAUAACAAGAAACCAUAACAUUAAUUAAAAGAGAAAUAAUUUACAUAUAUAUAGUUAUCUAUUGAAUCCUCAUCUUUAAUUAUUUAGGAUCAUUUAAAUAAAGAUUUAUUAUAAUUGGAUUUAGAAAAGAUUACUUUUAUAUCUGCUAAAUAAACUAUUUUACUAAUUCAAAAUAUAUUACUUAUAGAUAAUUAAUGUCCUUUAGUUAAAUAUAAUAGAAAUAUACUCUAAUAAUAAGUUAAGAAAUUCUCUGCUAUUUAAAUUAUAUUAUAUAGAAUAAAUUCAAAUUAAUUUAAUUCUUAAAUUAUUUCUGCAGGAUCAAAAAAAUUAUAUUCAAAACCAAUUGAAGUAGAUUUUGAAAAUUAUAUUUUUAAAUUGUAACUUGGUAAAAUGAUGAAAAUAUCUAUUCAGAAUAUUUGUCUAAGAAUAUCUGAUUUUAAAUUUACUUCUUUUAAAAAGUUAAAUCCCAUUCUAUAACACUUCCAAAUUAAUUCAUAGAAGAAAUAAUCAGAAAAUAUAUAAUAGAUUUAGUAAGAAAAAGAAAUGGAGAUUGAAAUUAAAGUUCGUAAAAACUUAUUUUUGGAUAUAUUUCCAAUUAAUGAAGUUGAAGAACUAUCUAAUUAAGGAUUAUAAACUAUUAAAGAAUUCUCUAAUAGCAGAGCUUUAAUUCAUAUUGAAGAUUUAAUUUAUACUAAAAAGCUGUAAUUAUCAAAAGUUGAAUUAUAUGUAUGUAGGUAAAAUGGAUUUGAGUUUUAAUGUCCUUUAAUUCUUGAGGGUUAUUUUAAUAAAUUAAGUGUUUUUUAGUUUACAUCAGUACUUUCAAUUAAUUAAAUUAGUUUUUUUGAAAAUAUUUUAAGAAUAGAUUUGAUCUAAGCAAAUUUUAGAUUUGAUAUUAUUUAAACUAUUCUAGAAAUCAAUGAAGAAUUAUAACCUUAUAUUCCUUAAACAGUUCCUUAAGAUGCUACAAAAAAUGAAUAUUUUAUCUAAUAGGAUCUAUCCAAAUCACUAAUAGAAGGAGAAUAAUUAGAUAAUAAAAUUGAAAUAAUGAUAGGCCAGUUACUUAUGCAUUUGGAAGAAGGACAUACAUUUUAUUAAAUGCCUCUUUAUAUGGAAAAUACGAGUGAUUAAGAUAAAAAUUUUGUAGAAGAGCUAAAAGAUUAUGUUAAUUAAUCUGAUUUACCUUUCAAAAAGAUAUUAGACACAGUUAGUUUGAAUUUUACAAAUAUACAUUUAUAAAUAGAAUUAUAUGCCAAAGGAUAAACUGGUAUUAAAUUCUAAUCUCAUUUUGAAAUUGAAGAUAAAAUUUAAGAUUCUAAAUUUAAACUUAUAUUAAGUCCAGAUAUAGAAUCAUUUAGUUCUGAUUAUAAAAGUAUUCCAAUAUAAAUUGGUUUAAUCUUAGAAAAUUAAACUUACACAGCAUUUAUAUCUAUUGCUCCUAUGAGAAUUUGUAUAUCUGGAGCUUUCCUUUAAUUUGUUUUCAAUUUCUAAAAUAGUUAAAGUUGGAUUCAAAAGAAAAUAUAUGAAGAUUAAAUUCAAAUUUUUAAUUCUGUUAAAAAAUCACCCUAAAUUUGGUUGAAGAGUCUAUAAAUUAUUGAAACAUGUCUUAAUCUUUCAUAUGACUCUUAAGGAUUAUAAAUGGAUGAUCUAUUAAAAGGUUUAUUAAAAUGUAGUUCAUUUUAUGAUUUAUAAAUACCAAUCAAAUACAUGAACACAUAAAUUCAAGGAACUCCUGAAGAUGUAAUAAAUUGUGUUAUAACAUAAUUAUAAACAUCAUUAGGUUCUAAAUUAAUGAUAGCUGGUAAAGCAUUAACUAGUUUAGAAGCUUUCUCAGCUGUUACUAAUCUAGUAAAAGGUACUUUAAAUUUACUUCUAAAACCACUGGAAGAAGGUUUAUUUAAAGGAACUAAAAAAGGAGUCUAAGAAUUUUCUAAUUCUUUAGUAUUUGCCUUGCUCAAAACCUUAAAAGUUCCUUCAUCAGUGAUAAUAAAAGGAGGUGAAACAGUAGGAUUAUAAUCUUUGACUCUACCAUUUAGAUUCGUUAAUGAAAGAAGCAAUUAAAUAUUAGAUAAAAUAAGUCCUUCAAUAAUACCAAAAAGAUUCUUAAAACGAUAUUGA